AUGGACAACAUGGACAAGGAGCUGCAUUCAGACAUGGGACUCAACGCUGGCACCCCUGUUGUACAGGAAAAAGAAGAAGAGUUUACAUUCGUCAGUCGAAAGAAGAACGGCAGACGACAGAACGGUGCUUCAGUCACAACAACCACAACUCCACCCCGACCAGUUGCCUCUCCCUCGUCAAGGACCAUAUUGGAAGAGCCCAAAGAGACCAGUCUUCCCGGUUGGGGGCCCAGCAGGAAACCAGGGAAGAUCAAGAAGAACAGCCAGCGCGCCAAGAUGAUGGGUUCCAGAGGCGUCGAACAAGGGGAACGGACACUGGAGUGGGGUCAACGUUUGAUGGAUGACAGAGUUAUGACCCUCAAACAAUCAAAAUUUUACACGGCCUUCCAAGAUCUGGUUCAGUUGACGUUGUGUCCGCCUUGCAAGAAGCAACAGCAACCAUCCACUCAUAACGAUACCCAGCGAGAAUCGCCAUUGACAUCCAAGGAUACUGCACCCCAAUUAGAAUCAAAGAACAGUCAAGACAAGGAAUCAUUGGUCAGGCAACCACAGGAAGACGACCCCACUCAACCAGAUACAACCACAGCUGGCGCCUCUGCUGAUGAGGAUAUCUCCAGAAGUGAUGUUGUCGACAUGAUUUGCUACGGGAUCGGAUCAAUUGAGUCGUCGCGGAAUGCCCAGUUUCAACUUGCCAUGGCUCUUUGUCUAAAGGAGAUCUUGCAGCUGUCAGGAACGGUGUCGAUAUUUGACCCCGUCAUGACGAGUUAUGAUUGUCAAUUAAUGGAGCAUCUCGGGAUGGAAGUACUGACGGGAGACGGUCGGUCAAGGCAACCAGUCGAGGUCAAGACGCUUUAUUACAUGCCUCAUUGUCCUAAGGGUCUCUAUUCUCUCAUCCUGGAAACAAAUUGGUCGCGGCAAUGUCUGGACAACCUCGCCAUCCUCGGCAACCGCUUCACAAUGUAUGACGAAAGCCCCUCGUUCAGACAAGUAGCAAAACAAGCACCGUUUAUUCUCCCAGGAAUGUCAAUUGCACGGAUAUCACUGCUACCCGCCAUCAAGUUUGAAGACAACACCGUUUUUAACGACCUCGGAUUCCACUGCUUUCCAACAGAUCAGAAACUCCCAGACGUUGACCUCGCUGACCGUGAAGUCGACCCUGAACUCUUGUAG